GCACCAGCCUUUGCCGACUUCGGCGGACCAAGAUACCCGUUUCCAAAAGACUUGACCAGCAACAAGAGUUACAUCCCCGAGGCAUGGAAAACUAUUACAUCUACCCUUGAGAAGGCCUUGUCAGCAGGCCCCAAUGCGACAAUAGGCGAGACUCCGGGUCUCUCCAACCUCACAUUCUCCUUGGGACUGUUCUCACUCGAAGACGAAUCCGUAUCUGAGUCGCAGUUUCAUUACACCUCUCCCGUGAUCCAGGCCUCAAAUGGCACCACCAAGGUGGACGAGAACUCUCUAUAUCAAGUAGCCAGCAUUACCAAGGUCUUUUCUGUGCUUGCUGGAAAGCUAAACCUCAAGCCUGCGGACUGGGAUACACCUCUUACUGAGCUUUUCCCGGUUAUCGCUGAGCUCGCGGAGAAGCUAUCGAAGGAGGACAAUGCCGAAUACAUCCAAUGGGACAAGAUAACCCCUGCUGUUCUUGCUUCACAGCAAUCUGGAAUUCCGACAAACCCUAUAAGUCUAGAUCUUCUCGUGGGUUAUCUCACGAAAGGAACCAACCCUCUUGAGGACGGCUUUCCAGUAUUCGACUUUGAGACGGAUCCACUGAGUGCAGUUCCAUGCGAGGACGUUUACUCCAACAUCACCUGUUUCUUCCCCAACCUUGCGCCGCGCGGACCCAACCAUUUGCCUUGGUCUGGACCCCUCUAUUCGAACAAUGGCUUCAUCCUCUUGACCGCUGCUCUCCAGAAUAUCACUGGCAAGAGCAUUCCUGAGCUCUUCGCUGAGAGCAUAUAUGGUCCCCUGGGUCUGGAAUCCACUUUCACAACACCCAUUCCCGAAGCUGAGUUGGGUCGCACUGUGUUCUAUGAUCCUGCGGAGGUACUCUCCCCCGCUAGCCUUACUGCUGGCUCGGGUGGUGUCGUUUCGUCCCUCCAUGACAUCAAUCAAUUCGGCGCCGGCAUCCUGAACUCUACCAUCCUUCCAUCCGAAGAGACACACAGGUGGCUGAAGCCCGGCGCCCACACUGACCGCUUCGAGUUCGCCAUGGGACAGCCCUGGGAAAUCCUCCGCUGGACACACGAGUCCGGCGCCGUUACCGACCUCUACACCAAGGGAGGCGAUUCCGGCACUGCAGGAACAUUCCUCGUCCUUGUCCCCGAUUACAACUUCGGUUUUACUAUCCUCGGGUCCUCUCCUGAUCUAGCCACCAAGAUUGCCAUCGUGCAGGCCCUCGGCGACUUCAUCUCCGCCACUCUUCUGCCCGCUCUCGAGAAGCAAGCCCAAGCAGAAGCCGAACACAACUUCGCCGGCACCUACUUCACGAGCAACAACGGCACCAACAGCACUCUCAUCCUCUCCGUCAACAAGACCGAAGGUGCCGCCCCGGGCCUCCUCAUCGACCAGUACCUCGCCAACGGCGUCGACUUCCAGACGACGGAACCGUUCUAUUUCGCACCCGGCGCACGCCUCCAGCCCACGAUCCUGACCUCCGGCACAGGCAAGUUGGGCUUCCGCGUCGCGACCGCCGCGGACGCCCCCGGUGUCGAUAAGAGUAAGACGCUGUUCUCGGGCGCCGGUAGAGCGAACUUCCUCGUCGGCGAUGCGAUCGCGUAUGGUGGGAACUCACUGUCGCAGUUCGUUAUCGAGAUUGAUGAGCAGGGUAAAGCCACGGGUGUUACGCCAACUGCUCUUAGGACGACGUUGAAGAGGGCGGAGUGA